AUGCUACUUGCACUUGGAUGCUCCCGUCGUCUUGCCAGACCACCGCCUCGACGAUGGGCAUCCUCUGCGGCAGCGCCUUCUCGAGCUGUACCGUCAUUCUUCAAUCGCAAACGCGGUGAAGAUGAAGAUGAUGAGGAGGCAUCCGAGAAAGCUAAGGCUGGGGAUGGGAGCAUAACUUUCCCCCAGUUCCUCAUCAAAUUCGACAAGUUUCGUCUCGCGUCGCCGCGAAACUGGCUUGCCGAGACAGAGAACGAAGAGGGACAGCGCACUUCAUUCCCAUUCCCCAUGAACCCGUCCUUCAAACCUCCACCACCCAUAUCUGAUCAGGUUCGAAGCUACAUCUACGAGCUAUAUAUCGACAACCCCGAGACCAACAACAUACGGGUUCUCUCGCAACGGUUCCACAUCAGCCUCAAGCGUGUCGAGGCAAUACUACGCCUCAAAGGACUCGAGGCCGCUCAUGUCAAGGGCAAACCUUUGCAAACAGGAUUUCAAUGGGGUAUGGAGAAGCUUCUAGGCGUCAAGACACCCGGGGCCAACUACUUCCUCAGUGAAACGCCGGCCACACUAGCCGAUGAGGGAAUGCCAGAGCGCGUUGACGUGGACAAGGCGGAUAUGUUGGAGCAGUUGGAGAAUCGUGACGCAGCCAGACAGCGCUUCCAGCGACAAUACUGGGAAUCUGUGGUUGACGACGGACGGGCAAGUCUUUCCCUCUCUAUCUCUGGCUGCAACAUAUUGCUCGCGAUCCGCUCUGCCGAGCGUGCCCUGAAGGACAAGUCGAAUCCCCGCCUCAUGCCCCGCUUCCCGGACACGCCAACGAUCAAGUCACCGCGCGCCAAGGUGCAGAUUAUCGAGAAGGAGGGCAAGCUACCGGUGCAUUUCGUGGAUGUUGGUGGUCGGUUUAUCGAGGUGCACGAGCGGGAGAGACGGAUGGUGGCGUCUCGCCGGAGAAGGGCUCUGAAUGCGAAGGAGUCGAGCGAGAAGGUCCUGCAAGGCUGGAUAAAAGCGAGAACGCGGCAUGAGAGGGCCAGACGCCAUGCGGUGAAGAAGAAGGCGGCUCAAGAGAAGCCGCAGACCACGGUAUAA